AUGAAAGUUGAAGAGACGGUUAAAGAGACAUACUACGAGAUUCUAGGUAUUGAAGAAAAUGCAACAGAAGACGACAUACGCAAAGCAUAUCGACGUCAAGCUUUACUAUGGCAUCCUGACAAAAAUGCUAAUAGACGUGAAGAGGCUGAAGCUAAAUUUAAAUUGAUUGCUGAAGCUUACGAAGUUUUAAGCGAUGCCGAAAAAAGAAGAACGUAUGAUUUAUAUGGCAAAGAAGGCCUUAAAAAUGGAGGUCCAGCAUUUGAAACCAGAACGGGACCAUUUCCACACUUUCAAUUCCAUGAUCCAAACGAAAUAUUUAGGAGAUUCUUUGGAAAUGAUCCCUUCAGUGAUUCUUUCUUUUCUGAUCCAUUUGGAUUUGGUAUGCCGAGACCCCAAUUUUUUGGUGGCUCCAUGUUUUCCGAACCCAUGUUUGGUCAAUCUAUGUCAUCGACGACAUUCCUCUCGUCAAGCAGCUCAUUUGGAGGCAAUGGUGGAUACAAAAAAACAACUACAACACAAAUAGUUGAUGGUGUUAGGACAACAGUGACUAGAAUAGAAGAUGCAGAUGGAAAUAUUUCCGAAGAGACGAUAAGGUCUCAAGACACAGGAAAUUUAAGGAUGAAUAACAUGCAACAUCAUUUUAUUCAAGACAACUAUAAUACUCGGAGAAAUAUACCAAUCCAAGAUGGGAACAUGUAUUAUUCUCCUGUUACCAUGCAACAACCAGGAUACAAUAUUCAAUAUGAAGGAGAAAGUAGAGAUCAACAACAACAUUAUGAAUCUCAGCAAGAACUGCCGCACCGUAGGAUGAGUGGAGGAACGUCUUCUUCAAACAAUAGAG